GGUUUAUUCGCUGUCACUCAGUACAGGUCACGUGAUUGAUUGGCUGAGGCUGGGGUCCAUCAGGGCCUUGCGGCCCAGUGGGUCGGUGAUUUUUUUUGCCGGAGGGAGCCAGGGAAGAGGUCCCUGGCCGUGACUGUCCCCGUCCAGUGUUGCUGGCGGAGCCCAUGUGUUCGGGAAGAUGAGGGUUGGACCCGGGAAAGAGCUUCUGGAGCCGGGUCUGGGCCAGGCCAUGAGCUCUAGCCUGGAGGUGAAGGUCGCCUCCCUGUUCCUGCUGCUGGUGCUGACCGUCCUGAGCGGCCUGCUGCCCCUCUGCGUGUUCCGGAGAGCAGCCGGAGGUUCCGGGAGCGCAGGUCAACGGCAAAUUCUCGGUCUCCUCAGCUGCUUGGCGGGUGGUGUAUUCCUAGCCACAUGCCUGUUGGAUUUGCUUCCAGAUUUCCUGUCUGACAUGGCUGCAGUGCUGGACAAGAUGAAAAUCACACUGCAGUUCCCCCUGCCGCUCUUUAUCGUGGUCAUGGGCUUCUUCCUGGUGCUGAUCAUGGAGCAAAUUGUGUUGGCGUGCCGUGACCAAUCGAGUUACCUUGAGGAGACCCAGUCGCUGCUGGGCAGGUCGGCCAGUGGGAACCUACACACUCAGCACCACCUCAGCUCGGGCGGGAGUGGAGCUCAGUGGGAAGGAGCUGGGCCCCACCUCCAUGUGGAUUUCAACUCUCACUCUGCCAUCCGCUGCCUGGUUCUGGUGCUGGCGCUGGCCCUGCACUCUGUCUUUGAGGGGUUGGCAGUGGGGCUACAGGAGACCAGUUCCAAGGUGGUGGAGAUCUGCAUCGCCCUGUCGGUCCACAAGUGUAUCAUCGCCUUCAGCCUGACGUUGAAACUGGUUCAGAGUCGGCUGAAGUGGACAGUAGUUGUCAGCUGUGUGCUGGUCUUUGCUAUCAUGUCCCCCCUGGGGGCUGGUGUGGGCAUUGCUGUGACGGAGGACUCCAACCACCAGCUGGUUCGAUGUGUGCUGGAGGGAGUAGCCACUGGAACCUUCAUCUACGUAACUUUCAUGGAAAUCCUGCCUCACGAACUCAACUCGCCCCACCAGCGUCUGUGCAAAGUCAUCAUGUUGAUCCUGGGGUUUGCGUUGGUUACUGGGGUCCUUUUUAUUCAGGUAUAAAUGCAAUAGUCCCACCACGGUCAGCUCUCACACUCAGUUCGAAUGACCCUUAGUCUUCCCUACAGCUCCAUUCCAGUUCCCUCCACAGCAGUGUGGACCCAUUCAUUCAUUCGAUGCUAUUGUGUCUGAACUGUACCCUCAUCACUUGCUCUACCUUGGCUGUUUCUCUCUUAAUGUGUGAUCGAGCUGGCCUCUUCAGCUCUUCUAACCCUUCUGUAUUUCCUCCACUGCUCCUCCUCAUGUUUCAGAUUCUGCUGCCUUCUCCUAUGCUCUAUCACCCAGUGGGGAAUGUUUCUCUCCAUCUACCCUAUCAGUUCCUUUUCAAAACCCUCAAUCAAUCCUUAACCUCCCUCAGUGUUAGGUUUAAAUUCCAGUGUCCUCUCGUGCAAGUGAAUUUUCUUGCCUAACUCUCACCCAUGCUGGAAGCCUAUUGUCAGAGGGACCAGCUCCUUUUAGACUGACAGUCAACUCGAGGAAUCGUAGGCUGCUGCUGGGGGUGAGCCUGAAUUUUCAAAAACUGCUUGUUAAGUGGCUAAAGUUUUAGCGUACAGAGUCAGUACCAAUUGGAGCUGGGUACAUUUUAACCACAGCACCUGGGCUCACAAAUGGCAUGCUGUUUGCUCUCAGGAAUUACGGCCUGUCUCGGGUGAGUCCUGCGUUUACAGGAGGACCGCAGAUCAGAGCAUUGAAUGAAAUAAUGUGACUGGGGGAAAAGAGGAGACUGCCACUGGCCUAUCUCCAGGGUUGGUGGGGGGGUGGGUGGGAAGAGACAAGCCAGAUUGAUCUCCAUUAUUCGGUGUUUGAUAACUGAGUUUGCUCUGGAUUAGCUCGCUGUUAAUUAUUUAAACUGAACUGAGAAUGGGCAAAGGGCUGGUUGGAAAAGAGUUUUUUUUAAAAAUACACUGUCUUUUCUGGAAAAAAACUUAGUUUCAUCUUUUUGGAAAAUAGUCACUUUUUAAACAUUUGAUUACUAGAACAGAUAUACACUUACAGGAGCCUACUUCAAUGCUGUUUAAUUGCUUAAAAUCUAGCUUCUAACACCUGUUAAUAUGCUUUAUAUUCAACCUGUUCAUGUACAUGUUCUUAACUGUCCACUGGCCCCUGUGUUAGAAGGAGGGUCCCUGCACCAGGUCACUGUCGUGGACCCAUAUAUUCGAGAGAAGGCAAGUUGGUGGGGCGGGGGGGG